AGAUCCCACAUAUUUUAGUGCACACAACCAUUAAAAGCAAUGCAUCCUCAAUUUAUUCACAUUUUGCGUUAUACAUGUAGACUCAAAACUUUGCAGAAGUAUCUACCAAUGACAAAGCCAGAUGAAAUGGAUGAACUUUAUAAAAUUUCGGUGCGAUUCGAAGAGAGGAUCUACACAGCAGCAACCAGCCAGCCUGAUUAUAUGAGGAAGAUUUCGUUGAAAAUGCUCUCUAUGGAAAUGAAGACACAACCAGCUCCUGCAAAUGCUCAACUGAAUCCAAAUCAAUACAACCCCAAUCAAGGAUGACUUAAGUCUUAGAAGAUCAUGUUGAUGGUACAAACUCGCUUCUCCAGGCUGUAUUUCAAACCCUUUUUUUUUCUCUGCCUUACUUGGACCUUAAAAGUAGUUGCAUCACUCUUUGAUGUUAAUAGUUUCAAGCUUUGCACA